GAAUUCAUGGCCGGCUCAUGUGAGGUUCCUAUAAAGUUAAAAAUAUGCAAAUUAUUAAAAUAAGUACAAUAAAUGCAUAAUAUAGGAUUGGAAUAAUUCUUUAAAUCUAUGAACUGAACUAAAUGUGAAAACAUUACUUCAAGAGCUAAGAGUGUAGAAGAAUACAUUUAAGAAAACAAUGUACGCGAGAUUUCAUAAUUGCGGCUGGACAUUACUCCACAAACGUCUGAACUUAUCAAAUUGUAGAAACUACGCAAGUGUUCUGAAAAAAAAAGAAAAUCUAUCCAAUAACUUACAACCAGGUAAAAUUUACCAUGGAUUCGUUUGCACUGAAGUCGAGCCAAUUAAGGAGUACAAUAUGACAGCAUAUUUACUUACACAUGAAAAAACGAAGACUGAGUACUUACAUUUAGAAAGAGAUGACUCGAACAAUGUAUUCUCUGUUGGUUUCCGAACUACACCUCUAGAUUCUAUGGGAACUCCUCAUAUUCUAGAACAUACUGUGUUAUGUGGAUCUGAAAAGUAUCCAGUCCGAGACCCAUUCUUUAAAAUGCUAAAUAGAUCAUUGGCAACAUUCAUGAAUGCAAUGACCGGCCCAGACUACACAUUUUACCCAUUUUCCUCUCAAAAUGAAAUUGAUUAUAGAAAUCUCCAAAAAGUUUACUUAGAUGCUGUAUUUAAGCCCAAUUUAGCCAGAUUAGAUUUCUUACAAGAAGGCUGGAGAUUAGAACAUUCGAAGUUGGAAGAUAAAACUUCAGAAAUGGUAUUUAAAGGUGUUGUGUAUAAUGAAAUGAAAGGUGCAUUCUCUGAAACGAGUUCGUUAUUUGGCCAAAAAUUUAUAAACACAAUUCUACCAAAGGGCACUUAUGGCUAUGUCUCUGGUGGUGAUCCUCUAUGCAUUCCAGAGCUAACCCAUGAGCAUUUAAAGAAUUUCCAUGCAACAUAUUAUCAUCCAAGCAAUGCAAGGAUAUACUCAUAUGGCAAUUUUCCACUUGAACAAAACUUGAAAUUCCUAAAUGAGACUUACUUGAGUAAAUAUCAAUUUUUGGACCCAACAAAUACCAUUGUAACCCCACAAGAGAGGUGGAAAAUGGCAAAGAGAGCCAAUAUUGUAUGUAGAGUUGACCAAUAUGGAGGUGCUGUGGAGAAACAGAAUCAAAUUGCUUUAGGUUAUGUAAUGUCUGACAUAUCAGAGAUCUAUGAAACAUUCAUGCUUACUGCACUAGCAGAGUUAAUGAUUAUAGGACCUAACUCAGCAUUCUAUAAAAGUUUGAUUGAGAAAAAUAUAUCUGGUGGGUAUAAUUCUUUAACAGGAUAUGAAAAUCAAAUUCGAGACACUUUAUUUGUUGUUGGAUUGCGAGAUGUUGAAAUAUCGAAAUUUGAAAUGAUAGAAACCAUUGUAAAUCAGACAAUUGAUGAGAUAUUUACAAAGGGUUUCGAAAAAAAUCAUAUUGAAAGUGUCUUACAUGGGUUUGAAUUGUCUAUUAAGCAUCAGUCACCGAAGUUCGGACUUAAUUUGCUAUUUAGCUUAAUGCCAUUGUGGAACCAUAAUGGACCAAUAUUAAAUGCUUUAAAAGUCAAUACGUUACUUGAUCAACUUAAAACGAAUCUAAUGAAUCCUACAUAUGUAAAGGAUGUUAUUGAAAAAUAUUUCCUUUUAAACAAUCAUAAAUUAAUUAUGACAAUGCAACCGGAUCCCAAAUUCGACGAUAUAUUCAAUGAGGCUGAAGCAAAAUUACUUAAAUCUAAAGUGAAAAAUUUAACUCCUGAGCAGAGGGAACAGAUAUUUGCUGAUGGUAUUGAACUUUCUAAGGCUCAAAAGAAAGUUCAGAAUCUAGAUGUAUUGCCAUGUUUAAAAAUAGACGAGAUAACAUUAAACAAAACUGCACCAUCAUUAGAGCAUACAAUUUCAGGUACAAUUCCGCUACAGCUUUGUAAAGCAAACACCAAUGGCGUGACUUAUUUCAAAGGUGUUCUUGGUACUGAUUGUUUAAAUGAAAAGCUUAGGCCAUUGUUACCAUUCUUCAACUAUGUUUUAGACAAAUUCGACACAAAAUCUUAUAAUUACAGGGAUUUUGACAAAUAUGUUAGCAAGUCCACUUCGGGCUUAUCAUUCGUGACCCAUAUCUCUGAGCAUAUUGAUCAAAAAGAACAGUAUGAACAAGGUGUUUUAAUCAGCAGUCAUUGCCUUGAUGAAAAUUUGCCAAAAAUGCUUAAUAUUUGGACUGAAUUAUUCGACAGACCCAACUUUGACAAUAGUGAAAGAAUGACAAUGCUCCUCACCAACUAUUGUUCGUCAUUAACAGGUGGAAUUGUUGAUAGUGGCCAUUCAUAUGCAAUGCAAGCAGCAAGGUCUCUUAUAUCCUCUGUGGAUGAAUGUAAAGAAAGUCUUUUAGGAAUUAAACAUAUUAUGAGUAUGCAACAAAUACAGAAGACUCAUAAGACUGAAGAUAUUCAAGACAUUGUUGAUCUCAUCGGCAAAAAUAUUCUCAAAGGUGAUAAUUUAAGAGCAGCAUUCCAUUAUGCAAACACUUCUGAAAAUUUGAAUGAGUAUAUUGAUAACUUCUGCAUGAAUUUGUGCAAAGGUGAAACAAAUAAAGAUGUAAAUAGAAUCAACUGGACAGAUACUAAACCAUUAAAGAAAGAGAACCGUGGUAUUCAUAUAACGAUGAACAUUCCAGUAAAUUUCUGCGCUAAAGUUGUACCAACCGUGCCAUAUACAGACCCUGAUUAUCCCAAACUCCGUGUGCUAUCAAGAUUUUUAACAUCUAAAUACCUACAUCCAAUUGUUAGAGAACAAAAUGGAGCAUACGGUGGUGGGGCAAUGUUGACCAUUGAUGGAGUAGUUAACUUUUAUUCAUACAGAGAUCCUAAUUCUCGUGUAACAUUGGAUGUCUUUGAUGAAACAGCAGACUGGAUGGCAAAGAACAAAGAUCUUAUUGAUGAUCAAAAUCUUUUUGAAGCUAAACUGUCAAUUUUACAGCAGAUGGACCAACCUGUAGCAGAAUACAUGAAGGGUAUAGAAAUGUUCUUGUAUGGUCUCUCAUAUGAUAUUUGGCAGAUGCAGAGGGAACGCGUCUUAGCAGUUAAGAAGGAAGAUUUGAUUGAAGUGUGCCAAAAGUAUCUUACAGCUGAUAAAUGGGCUGGAAAAUGCGUUAUAGGUGAUGGAGCAUCUCAACAAUUGAUAAAAGAUAACGAAGUUUGGGAAACUUUAAGUGGACCUCAAGAGUGAACAAUCUUGUAUUGAACUUGUUAAAGCAUUCUAUUACUUAUUUGUAGUCUAAUAACUUGUCUUAAUUAAAACCAAUAUGUUUGUAGGGAUUUCAUUAAAAAGUUGCAACACAGUUGUUGAUUUUAAGCAUUACUACUUAAAUAAAAAAGUUGUAUGAAAUAUACAUUAAUUAUAUUCAAUUUUAUCAUAUUUAAAAUUUAAUUUCUCUUAAGUCUACUUAAAAACAAAACUGUUCUAAGAUAACUAGCUGUUAUAUUUGCAAUGGAUUAUUUAUUUCAAAGUAUAUGUUGAGAC